CGUGCUCCCUCCUCCUCCUCCUCAGGGCCGCCCCCUCACGCAGCGCCGUCUCCUCUCGGCCGCAGGUGCCAGGUGUGUGGCGGGGCCGCCGCCAUGUCCGCCGAGCAGGUGAGCAGCCUGUGCGAGCAGCUGGUGAAGGCCGUCACCGUCAUCAUGGACCCGGCCUCCACACAGCGGUACCGCCUGGAGGCGCUCAAGUUCUGCGAGGAGUUCAAGGAGAAAUGCCCCAUCUGCGUGCCCUGCGGGCUGAAGCUGGCUGAGAAGACGCAGACGGCCAUCGUCCGCCACUUCGGCCUGCAGAUCCUGGAGCAUGUGGUCAAGUACCGCUGGAACAACAUGCCUCGUCUGGAAAAGGUUUACCUAAAGAAUAACGUCAUGGGUCUCAUAUCCAGUGGAACUCAGAGCAUUCUAGAAGAGGAAAGUCACAUCAAGGAUGUUCUGUCUCGCAUUGUGGUGGAGAUGAUUAAGCGGGAAUGGCCUCAGCACUGGCCUGAUAUGCUGAAGGAGUUGGAUACUCUCUCCAAGCAAGGGGAAACUCAGACAGAACUGGUGAUGUUCAUCCUCCUACGUUUGGCAGAGGACGUGGUGACUUUCCAAACCCUGCCUACCCAGCGGCGGCGAGAUAUCCAGCAAACCCUCACCCAGAAUAUGGAGAAGAUCUUCAGCUUCCUACUGUCUACCCUGCAGCAGAACGUCAACAAGUACAGGCGCAUGGUUGGAGCACCCCAGGAACAAGAAGCCCUCACCACUCCACAGAAGACUGAUCUGGCUCAGCAGCCAAAGGCCCAAGCAAACUGCCGUGUGGGGAUAGCAGCACUCAACACCCUGGCUGGCUACAUUGACUGGGUGGCCUUGAGCCACAUCACAGCGGACAACUGCAAGCUCUUGGAGAUGUUGUGUCUGCUCCUGAACGAGCCUGAGCUCCAAAUAGGAGCAGCAGAGUGUCUCCUAAUUGCUGUCAGCAGAAAAGGGAAGUUGGAGGAUCGGAAACCUCUGAUGGUCUUAUUUGGAGACGUUGCCAUGCACUACAUUCUCUCUGCUGCCCAGACAGCAGAUGGUGAAGGUCUGGUGGAGAAGCACUAUGUUUUCUUGAAGAGACUUUGCCAAGUUUUGUGUGCACUGGGCAGCCAACUGUGUGCAUUGCUAGGCUCAGAUUCUGAAGUGGAAACACCCGCCAACUUUGGAAAAUACCUUGACUCAUUUUUAGCCUUCACAACUCACUCCAGCCAGUUUCUGUGCUCCUCCACCCAGAUUACAUGGGGAGCCCUAUUUCGACACGAGGUUCUCUCCCGCGACCCCUUGUUGCUGGCUAUGAUCCCCAAGUAUCUUCGUGCAUCUAUGACCAACCUUGUGAAGGUGGGCUUUCCCUCUAAAACAGACAGCCCUAGUUGUGAAUACUCUCGUUUUGAUUUUGACAGCGACGAGGACUUCAAUGCCUUCUUCAACUCUUUCCGAGCCCAGCAAGGAGAAGUGAUGAGGAUGGCUUGUCGUCUUGACCCUCUAACUGGCUUCCAAAUGGCUGGGGAAUGGCUGAAGUACCAGCUCACAGCUCCUGUUGAUACUGGACCCAUGAACUCGAAGACAGGUGAAGGUGUCUGCUCCAUCUUCUCUCCAUCCUUUGUGCAGUGGGAUGCCAUGACCUUCUUCUCAGAGAGUGUCAUCAGCCAGAUGUUUCGGACCCUGGAUAAAGACGAAAUCCCAGUGAAUGAUGGCAUAGAUCUACUGCAGCUUGUCCUUAAUUUUGAAACAAAGGAUCCUCUCAUCCUGUCCUGUGUGCUCACCAAUGUCUCUGCUCUAUUCCCAUUUGUCACUUACCGACCAGAAUACCUCCCACAAGUACUUUCCAAGCUGUUUGCUUCAGUUACCUUUGAAGUUGUAGAAGAAAGUAAGUUUGUUGUGUCUGUCCAGGCUCCCAGAACUCGAGCAGUGAAAAAUGUGAGAAGGCAUGCAUGCUCCUCUAUCAUAAAGAUGUGUCGGGAUUACCCUCAGCUUGUCCUGCCCAACUUCGAGAUGCUGUACAACCAUGUGAAGCAGCUGCUCUCCAAUGAGCUACUUCUGACACAGAUGGAAAAGUGUGCCCUUAUGGAGGCACUUGUCCUCAUCAGCAACCAGUUCAAGGACUAUGAGCGGCAGAAAGCUUUCCUGGAGGAGCUCAUGGCCCCUGUUGCUGGCUUAUGGCUCUCCGCAGAGAUGCAGAGAGUUCUCUCGGAUCCUGAAGCCUUUAUCUCCUAUGUGGGUGCAGACAACAAAAUUGCUGAUCCAGUCAUGGAAGAUCCUAGUGGCCUGAACCGCUCUAGAAUAAGCUUUUGUGUGUACACCAUUCUGGGAGUUGUGAAACGAGCUCGUUGGCCUGCAGCUAUGGAGGAGGCAAAAGCUGGAGGAUUCCUGGUCGGGUACUUGCCCAGUGGAAGUCCAGUCUACCGCAAUCCCUGUACUGAGCAAGUCCUGAAGCUUUUUGACAACUUACUUGCUCUUAUAAGGACUCACAACAAUCUCUACACGCCAGAAAUGGUGGCUAAGCUGGGAGAAACAUUUGCAAAAGCCCUAGACAUGCUGGAGGUAGAGAAGAACGCCAUCCUAGGUCUCCCUCAGCCUCUACUGGAGCUUUAUGACUCUCCUGUUUACAAAACCGUCUUAGAAAGGAUGCAGGGUUUCUUUUGUACCCUCUACGAUAACUGUUUCCACAUACUGGGAAAUGCAGGCCCAUCCAUGCAACAGGAUUUCUACACAGUUGAGGGUCUCGCCGCCCAGCUCAUCAGCUCAGCUUUCAUCAACCUCAACAACAUUCCUGAUUACAGAUUGCGCCCUAUGCUCCGUGUGUUUGUGAAGCCCAUGGUACUUUCCUGCCCUCCAGAAUACUACGAAACCCUCGUCUGCCCCAUGCUGGGACCACUCUUCACCUAUCUGCACAUGAGAUUGUCUCAGAAAUGGGAAGUGAUCAACCAGCGAAGCAUUCUCUGUGAGGAUGAUGCUGCAGAUGACAACCCUGAGUCUCAGGAGAUGCUUGAGGAGCAGUUGGUCAGGCUGCUGACCCGAGAAGUCAUGGAUCUCAUCACUGUUUGCUGUGUUGCUAAGAGAGGUGCUGAGCAUAACACUUCUGUUGCUGUGGAUGGAGAUGAUGAUGAAGCAAUGGCCACAGAUGUGGCUCCUCCUGCCAGCGCAGAGCUGACAGAGCUUGGAAAGUGUCUGAUGAAGCAGGAGGAUGUUUGCACUGCUCUGAUGACCACUGCCUAUGCAUCCCUGUCCUGGAAAGACACCUUGUCCUGCCAAAGAACCACAACACAGCUUUGCUGGCCGCUGCUCAAACAGGUGCUUCCAGGCAAUUUGCUGCCCGACGCCGUGUCCUGGUUUUUCACCAGCGUGCUGAAGGGCUUACAGAUCCAUGGGCAGCACGAUGGCUGCAUGGCAGCUCUUGUCCAUCUGGCUUUCCAGAUCUACGAGGCUUUGCGUCCUCACUACGCUGAGCUGAAGAUGGUGAUGGAGCAGAUCCCAGACAUCCAGAGGGACUCGUUGGAGCAGUUUGAUUCAAAGCUUCUUAACCCAACGCUGCAGAAAGUGGCAGACAAGCGCCGGAAAGAUCAUUUCAAACGCCUGAUAACGGGUUGCAUUGGGAAGCCACUUGGGGAGCAGUUCCGCAAGGAGGUUCAUAUCCGGAACCUCCCAUCUCUCUUCAAAAAGGUGAAGCCAUCACUGGAGACAGAUGUGCUGGAGACACAUGAGGAUGGAGAGGAUCUCACUGUGCUCUUUGAACCCUGAGCCUGGGAUGCUGCAGCCAUCUCCUUCCCUAUUUUGUAUUUCAUCUCUUCUCAUAGUAACCACACUAGAUUCUCCUUGUCACCACCUCUACGAGCGUUUGUCUCAAUAAAGCCCCUUACAGGUCCGGUCCCAUCCUCCUCCCUACAAUGGGAUGGGGUCUGUGGUGGCAUCUGAUCCAGUCUGUUAAGCUUUCUCUUAUUCCUUCCCCUCCCCUACACUGGAUGAGCAUCUUUAGACCUUUGUCUCUGCAAGGUGGGAGCUGAGCCCAUAGACUGUUAGGUAAAACAUGGUCAUCCUAUAGCCUUGGGUCUCCACUUCUUCAUCCUUUGGGGUUUAGGAUUAGUGCAAGGUAUAGUGCAGCUUGUGAAAAGGGGCUACCAUCAUCUUUCUCCAGGUGCUGGUAGCCAGGCUUUGCAGAGGAUCCAUCAGGCACUGCUGUCAUGCCUAUCAUGCUUGUCUCUACUGGACUCGUGUUCUAAUGGAUCCAUUCUCUUCCAGGAUGCUGGGCUGAGGGCUGCGUGCCAAGGAAGCCUUGCAGUGCUCUAGGAUCUCCUUGAGAUCAGUCUUCUUAAGGUGCAGCUCCUCUGUGGGAGGCAGGCACCAUCACACAUAUAUAUACAUACAUAUGUAUAUAUAUACGAUCAUACUUGUUCUACCCAUAGCCAAACGAAAGGCUUUGACUCUGUGCUAGCUUUUCUUGGAUAUCCUUAAGGGGGAGCAGGACAGAUGUUUUGUUUCGUUUUGUUUUUACCACGCCCUGAUGAUGGCCAGUGCAGGGUACACAAAAUCUGGACCAAUACCUGAAGCACCUGCAAAACAAAUGGGAUCUCCUCACCCUCUUGCUGUGGAGGCGACAGGAGUUUCACCCAGCCUGGUACUUCUCAGAGGUAAUGCAGCGGGGCAGGAGGAGUGGGGGUUAUACUGCAGCUUACAGGGAACAGCCAGAACAGAAACAAGGUGUCAGAUGAGGUGACUCCGGUUUGCAAAGUUGGCUCUUCUUGACAUGACAAAUGGUUCAUUCAGCAUACGCUUAUGCUGGCACAGGAGCUGCGAGGCUCAGCUCAUUUUGCCAUCAAGAAGAACCAAUAAAUCCUGCGAGGACAGACGGGACUGAAAAGUUUGGGAUGGAAGGGGGUUAGAAUGCAGAAAAGAUGAGUGUGCCUUGGGAAUCUACACACCCUCCUGCCCCUGCUGUUCCACCUGCACCCUCUACUUCCCUCCUGGCCUCAGACAUUUUGAACCUCUGAGCUGACGUGGCUCCUGGCUCUUAGCAAAGGCUGGGUGUAUUUAUUGUGUUGUGAGGUUUUUAACAUUCUGUGACUUCAUGCUAGACACAAGGGGUUUUUUUAAAUGGUUUUUAGAGCCUUUUUUUUUUUUGUAGGAAUGUUUAAAGCUGUCUCUGAACCAGUUGUGUUACACCUCUGAAUGUCAGUAAAGCUAUUCCAGUUUCAUA